AUGCCUAAGGCAUACAAGAAGGAGGUAUGUUUACUAAUCUCAGAGGAUGUGCUGGAGAGCCUCAUUCGAAGUUUCCAGCCUCCCCUGGUGAAGACUCAAACCGUCACCAUCUCAGAUACUGCCACCGCUGUGAAAACUGAAAUCCCAACCAAAGAUGUCCCUAUUGUUCACACUGAGACCAAGACCAUCACUUACGAGGCUGCCCAGACUGACGACAGCAAUGGGGACUUGGACCCAGGAGUCCUGCUGACAGCUCAGACCAUCACAUCUGAGACCACAAGCAGCACAACCACAACUCAGAUUACCAAGACCGUAAAAGGUGGGAUUUCAGAGACCCGGAUUGAGAAGAGAAUCGUGAUCACAGGAGAUGCCGAUAUUGACCACGACCAGGUCCUCGUCCAGGCCAUCAAGGAGGCGAAGGAGCAGCACCCAGACAUGUCAGUGACCAAGGUGGUCGUCCAUCAGGAGACCGAAAUCUCUGAGGAAUGAGCUCAGGAAAGGAACUAUCCUACCCCAACUCCCUGCCUGUCUCCCAUCCACAAGAAAACCAGCAAAAUUAUUGAUAAAGAAGCUUACCUGCAACAGUCAGACUUCAGGCUUUCAAAAUUGCUAU